AUGCAUUUCUCCAUGAUUGCUUCUAUCCCCCUCCUCUUCCUCUCUGCUCUCACUUCGGCCGCUCCAACUGCCGCUCCAGCAGCCAUGGAAGCCAGCGCCUCAAGCUCGACUCAAAUCUACUACCUCGUCAACUGCUUCAACAACAAGAGCUUCGCUGCCUACGCCGAGGCUGACUACUACCCAGAGAAGUCUUUGUCUCUUGCCGGUCAAACACCUACCAAGACAGCUAUCUUCAACCCUACCGGUUCUAUCGACUUUGAGGAUGGAACUUGGACUGUCGACACCCCAUUCAAGUUGACUGCUGUCAUCGGCGAAGAUUCUUACACCGCCAAGGCCGGUACCGUUGUUGGUUCCGCUACCGUCAGCACAUCCAGCUCUAAGUUGUCUUGUGUUCGUCUUGAAAGAUUCGUCUUGUAUUCGCCAAGUGCUGAAGAGCAAUGCUACACCGAUUAUGCUUGCCAGGCUUAG